AUGUGUGGCCCCAACAUCCACUACUAUAACUACAGAAACUCCUACCACAACUACCACUACAACCACAGAGCCUCCAACCACAACACCUACUACUACUACCACUAUGACUACCACUACAACCACAGAGACUCCUACCACAACACCUACUACAACUUCAACAACCACAGAAACUCCUACCACAACACCUACUACUACUACAACUACCACUACAACCACAGAGACUCCUACUACAACAUCUACUACUACAAGCACUACGACUACCACAACAACCACAGAGACUCCUACUACAACACCUUCUACUCCUACUUCUACAACUACAGAAACUCCUACCACAACACCUACUACAACUACAACUACAACUACAGAAACACCUACCACAACAUCGACUACUACAACAAUUACCACUACAACCACAGAGACUCCUACUACAACAUCUACUACUACUACUACUACUUCUACAACCACAGAGACUCCUACCACAACACCUACUACAACUACAACCACAGAGACUCCUACUACAACACCUACUACAACUUCGACAACCACAGAAACUCCUACCACAACACCUACUACUACUACUACAACUACAACUACCACUACAACCACGGAGACUCCUACUACAACACCAACUACAACUUUGACAACCACAGAAACUCCUACCACAACACCAUCUACAACUAG